CGCACCGCGAUCCGCGCCAACAUUCAACCAAAUCAACCAUCCAUCUACAGUUUUGUUUCUUUCUUCAUCUUGUUAGUUUUAGUUACCGGCCGCCAUUCACUCACUACCUGCGACUCGAUACAAUACAAUACGACGACAAUCAACGAUAUUCCAAGAAGGAAACUUUGCCCAGAUCAUCUGGCUACUCGCUCAUUAAAAGGGCUUUCGCUGUAGUCGUAGAUAAUUAUCAGUCGCAAAGUUUGAUCACCGCCCUGGAAGUCGCCUCGUCUGGCCGGCUUCCAUCUCAAAAAUGGCCGAGCCCGAGUCUACCCUCUUUUCGGGAUGCCGAAUAGCCUUUGUCCCUAGUAGUACGCUGAAGCCUUCUACAAUAGCAGAAGCUACCAAGAUUGUUCUUAGGAAUGGUGGCGAGGUUCUCGAACCUGAAUCCAAUGGCAAGCUCGCGGUCCAUGAGGCGACGCACAUUGUAUCAGAUACUAUCGACUUUGAAGAAUAUACCGCCGCCGGAGAGUGCUUAGUUCCUGUUGUCACCUGCAACUGGAUCACUAACAGCUUGAUGAAGCGCAAGCUCGCCGCCCUACGCCCACAUUCACCCGACCCUCGAUUGAUAUUUCACGCCGUCAAUGUCACCUGUGCCGACCUUCCCCCAACGGACAAAGAGUCCAUUAUCGGCGCAACCAUUGCUCUUGGAGGUACUGAGUCAAAGGACCUCACCAAACUGACCACACAUAUUUGCGCCCUCUCUUAUGACCACCCCAAGGUUGCCUUGGCUGUUUCGAAGGGCCUAAAGUGCAAGGUAGUGUUGCCUCACUGGUUCGACGACUGCUUUAAACUCGGCAAGCGGAUCGAUGAGGGACCUUAUCAACUCCCAGACCCUGAAAUUCUCAAGGCAGGCGAAAGUACAAAGGACAUUGCCGUACCAUGUAGUCAACAUCUCGAAGGAGCGACCACCACAAUGCCUACAACCGCCCCAGAAAACACCAAAUCACGACCUGCAUCCGUAUUUAACCACAGGACCAUCAAGCUUUCAGUUGACCUCCCCUUGAAUGAGAGGUUUCUGGCUAUCAUUCGUGCCCAUAUCACCAAGGGCGGCGGCAAGAUCACAGAUGACGUGGAGGAGUGCGAUAUUUAUAUCUGCCACUACCGGGAGGGCGAUGAUUACAUAUACGCUGCGCAAAAGAAGAAACAUGUGGGUAAUAUUGCCUGGCUGCUGUAUCUCGUCACUCACGACGAGUGGACGUCACCACUGCGACGGUUGCUGCACUAUCCUGUACCGCGGGGUGGUAUACCCGGGUUUGAGGGCUGCAAAAUUACUGUUUCCAACUAUGGCGGCGAGGCUCGAACAUACCUAGAAAACUUGAUAAGGGCAUGUGGUGCCGAGUUUACCAAAACCAUGAAACAAGACAACACCCAUCUCAUCACGGCCCGCAACUCGAGCGAAAAGUGCGAGGCAGCCCUGGAUUGGAAUGUCACCAUGGUCAAUCACUUGUGGAUCGAGGAAAGCUACGCCAAGUGCGAGAUGCAGCACCCAAGCAACAACAAAAAGUAUACGACCUUUCCGCAACGGACAAAUCUCUCCGAGGUUAUUGGCCAGACCUCAUUAGAUGAGACCGUACUCCGGGAGGUCUACUACCCAGGAGGCGAGGACGUGGUGUCGGAGGCAGGCUCUGAUACGGCAUCAGAACAGGAGAAUGAGGUGGAAGCGGGAGAAGAGAUCGCUGAAGUCGCCGUUCCAGUUCGCGCGAAGCCUGCGGCCAAGGGGAAGAAGUCGCCACUUAGUAAGGCCGAUAACAGCAACAAAGCAGCGCUCGCCACUCCCGCACGUUCGACUCGAAGCGGCGGGUCUGGAAAGGAGAACGUCACACCGGCGUCACGACCCAGCACCAGCAGGAGCGCAAAGAGCACAGCCCUGAACAAACUUCAUGUCCUUGCACCGGAUAUUGCACUGUACGAAAAGGAAAAGAAGCGGAUGAGCAAUGGACCAUUUGGUGGCAAGCGCGCCGCUUCGGAGCUCGAGAAACAGCAAGCGGAGGCUGCUGAGAAGGAAAAGGAGAAAAAAGAUGCAGCACAGGAUGACGAAGAUGGUGAGCGUCCGGCAAAGAGGCAGAGGUCAUCGCGGCCACCGGUUCAGUACCGGAUCUGCCUUACAGGCUGGAAAAGGUGGCUCGCACCCGAUGUGAAGAGUGUUUCACAAGAGGAUAAAGAGAGGCGAAAAUUGCGACAAAUGGGUAUCAAUAUCGUACAAGAAGGACAGCCAUGCGAUUACCUUGCGGCCCCACGAGUUGUCCGCACCCAGAAAUUUUUGACCACCCUAGCACGCGGACCGGAGCUUAUAAGCGACCAGUUCUUGGUAGACGCUCUAGAAAACGGGGAGUUGCCAAAUGUCGAAGACUACCCGCUCGAGGACGCCAACUAUCCGGACAUCCAGAAGUCGAUCGCUCGGGCUCGGCAGAACAAGGGAAAGCUUCUGCGAUCGGUGCCGAUAUACUGCACGGCCGAGGUGCCUCAUGGACCUAAUGCGUUCAAGGCGAUCGCCGAGGCCAACGGUGCAAUCUUUAAAAUAUACCGAGCUCGCAGCGGAGUGACGAUCCGGCCAACGACUGCCGAGGAAGACGGAGGGGCGCCACCCGACCCUGUCUACCUCCUCAGCGGAGACACAGCAGCAGAGAAGUUACUGUGGCCCAAGUUCGAGCACAUGGCGCGCGAAGGGCACAUGGAGCCGAGGAUCGUGGAUCCAGACUGGUUGCUCGACGUGGCGAUGAGGCAAAGGUUGGAUUUUGAUGAAAAAUUCAUGGUGAGGCUGAGGGACCAAUAGCAUAGAGCAAAGUUCUCUCUCGAGGUUUCGUUUUGCUGUACUUGUUUCGUCCGGCUUGGUUGCUUGUCGAAUUUCUGAUGACCAUCAUGAGGGAUGUUUGUAUUAGUGUAGUGAUUUGGGAGCGAUGGAUGGCGUUCGGUGGAUCGGAUCUCCAGGGGCUCUGUAUAAUGUUUUGAGCUUCAUUUGGAUUGCUGAAGUCGCAUAGUUGCGUAGAUCCAUAGAUCGACUUGUGAACUGAUGGCAAGUCAGAGAGUAUGAUGUGUGUUGUUUGGUAGGCCUUGGUUGUGUCCGACCUGGCCAUGAACGCCGCUGUUUGAUGUCGGCUUCUUUCCGGAAACGGGGAAAGAAAGAGAAAAAAAGAGGGUAAAAAGAAUAAUAAAGAAAGGAAAGCAAGGCACACCCCUUGACGUCAACAAACUCAAAAGAACUUGACACCCUGCGAGUCCUCCUGCCCAAAGAUCUGCGCCC